AUGCAAAUGAUGGAAGCAGAAAUUCUCAAUAAAGUUGUCCCUGACUCUGGGGCCACAUCAAACGACAAAGAUGACAUGCAUCGGAUGGGCAAAGUGCAAGAAUUCAAGGUAUUUAUUGUUGUUCUUGUUGGAGUGGUUGCCAGGGAAAACAUCACUAACUGGACGAAGCGCAACUUCCGACCACUAGCAGCUCUGAGCUUCUCGGCUGUUCUUCAGGCCACUUGGGAAUUCGUAUUGAUCUCUAACUCGCAAGGCCUUCAAAAUGGAGGAUUCGCUGGACUUUUUUGGUCUUUCAUGUGGACAUUCGUCGGGUUUGGGUUUAUUAUCGUUAGCCUUGCAGAGAUGGCCUCAAUGGCACCCACAUCUGGUGGCCAGUAUCAUUGGGUAUCGGAGUUUGCACCGAGGAAGUACCAGAAAUUCCUGAGCUAUACAACAGGAUGGAUGUCUGUCCUCGCUUGGCAAGCUGGUGCAGCUAGCGGGUCUUUCCUCACUGGGACGAUAAUCCAAGGCCUGAUCAGCAUACGGGAUCCAACUUAUCAGCCACGCAACUGGCAAGGGACACUCUUCGUGUGGGCGAUGAUUGCCGUCAUUUAUUUCUUCAAUGUGCAUGCGGCAAGCUGGAUGCCAAGAAUACAAAAUCUCCUCCUAGCUAUGCAUCUAAUGUGCUGGGUUAUUGUGGUUGUUACGCUAUAUGCUAUGGCACCCCAUCAACCCGCUAAAGUUGUCUUCACCGAGUUCUACAAUGGUGGCGCCUGGCCAACAAUUGGAGUGAGCUUGAUGGUCGGGCAAAUCUCUGCCAUUUAUGGAUCGCUCAGCUCCGAUGCCACUGCACACAUGUCAGAAGAGGUGAAGGAUGCUGGACGUUAUGUCCCCAUCGCAAUUGCGUGGGGGUACUUCGGCAAUGGGAUCUUGGCCAUUGUUGUGCUGGUCGGAUUACUGCUCUCAAUCCCAUCAGUUCCAGCAUCCCUCAACGACAGUUCUGGUUUCCCAUUCCUUUAUGUUCUGCGAAACACACUCUCCCUAGCCGGUGUCAAUGGGUUGACAUCCAUCAUAUUGAUCCCGGUCAUCUUCAGCAAUAUAUUAUUCAACGCAUCAACAGCUCGUCAGACACAUGCUUUUGCCCGGGACAAGGGUCUCCCCUUCGCAAAAUGGAUUUCACACGUUGAUCCUCGCCGUCGAAUCCCUGUACGUGCUAUCGGCCUCUCCUGCUUGGCAAGCGGAUUGCUAUCCCUUAUCUAUAUUGGCUCGUCGGUCGCAUUUAACGCCAUUAUCUCCCUGAACGUGGCAGCUCUCAUGUACACAUAUGCGAUUUCCAUCAGCUGUGUGAUCUAUCGAAAGAUAGUUUGCCCUGAAACUCUUCCCCCUCGACGUUGGUCAUUGGGAAAAGCUGGACUGGCCAUCAAUAUCAUUGGCUUGAUGUACGUGUGCUUCGCACUCUUCUGGUCUUUCUGGCCGCCGAGCCCUUCUGCUGCAGCUGCGGACUUCAAUUGGAGUGUGGUAAUCUUUGUGGGUGUCUUCAUCGCUAGUUUGAUCAUGUACGUGUUUCAGGGACGAAGAAAAUAUGUGGGUCCCGUUGUUACAGUGCAAAACCAUGAGUGA